GGCUAGCUGAAAGGCUUAGGUCGAGUCAAGAUCCGGUCGAGACGAAGCAACCGUAGUUUUAUAUAGAAAAAUAGUAAUAAAAGUAUAGUAUUUGUUAUUGUAUUUUUUUUCUCAAUAUAUUUUUGAUCAAGUAAAUAGAUUAUUUUCCAAAGUCGAUCCAAAAAACGUGUCGAUAAAAGCGCACAAAGAGGGCAGAAGAUAUACCGGCAAACAAAGGAACCCUUUCUCAAAGAAACCUAUCUUCAACACUCUUUAGUUAUGAGUCAUGUGGCCGUUGAGAAUGCACACGGUCUAGAACAGCAGAUUGCUGCCCUAGACUUGAAAUCUGAUGUUCAAGGAGGAGGCACUGGCAGGCGUUACAUUCCACCUCAUUUAAGGAACAAGGAGGCUUCCAAGAGUGACGCUCCAGGUGGAUGGGAUGCUGGACGAAGCAAUGGAUUUGUAAAUGGCUACCAUGAUGGCCGUGACAACUACAUGAAUGGGAGCAGCAAUUUUGGUAAUCGUGGGCCUGUGCGUAAUGACCGUGGAGGCAGAGGAGGUGGUUACAGAAGCAGGGGCAAUGGCUCCUAUGUCACCCAACCAGUGCAAAACACAGGCUUUGGCUAUGACAACAAAGAUGGCGGAGCAUGGAAUGCACCAAAGGAUAAUGCCUAUAAUAGCUUCGGUGGGCGUUCUGACAGGAACAAAUCCACCUUCUACAAUGAUCGUGGAUCUUCCAGGGGAAGGUAUGAGCGUGGAGGUUUCGGGGGUGGUGGAAAUAGUCGGUGGGUUGAUGAUUCCAGAGAUGAAGAGGACUGGUCCAAACCCCUCACUCCCAAUGAAAGGCUGGAACAUGAGCUAUUUUCUGGAAGCAACACUGGGAUAAACUUUGAGAAAUAUGAUGACAUUCCUGUUGAAGCCACUGGCCACAACUCCCCUCAGCAUAUUGAGAGUUUUCAGGACCUAGAUAUGGGUGAGAUUAUUAUGGGGAACAUCACCCUUAGUCGCUACUCUCGCCCCACUCCAGUCCAGAAACACGCCAUUCCAAUUAUCAAAUCCAAGAGAGACCUCAUGGCGUGUGCACAGACGGGUUCUGGUAAGACUGCAGCAUUCUUACUGCCAGUGCUGAGUCAAAUAUACACAGAUGGACCAGGAGAGGCUUUACAGGCUACAAAGAACAAUGUCCAGGAAAACGGUAGAUAUGGACGCCGUAAGCAGUACCCCCUUUCUCUGGUUUUGGCUCCAACUAGGGAAUUGGCUCUUCAGAUCUAUGAUGAGGCUAGAAAGUUUGCGUAUCGUUCUCGGGUACGCCCAUGUGUAGUAUAUGGAGGAGCUGACAUUGGCCAGCAGAUUCGUGACCUGGAGAGGGGCUGCCACCUGCUAGUUGCCACACCUGGUCGUCUUGUGGAUAUGAUGGAGAGGGGCAAGAUUGGUUUGGAUUUCUGCAACUACUUGGUCCUGGAUGAAGCUGACAGGAUGUUGGAUAUGGGUUUUGAACCACAAAUCCGUCGUAUUGUGGAGCAAGACACUAUGCCUCCUAAAGGAUUGCGCCAAACUAUGAUGUUUAGUGCCACCUUUCCUAAGGAGAUUCAGAUAUUGGCCCGUGACUUCCUGGAAGAUUACAUCUUCUUAGCUGUGGGCCGUGUGGGCUCCACAUCUGAGAACAUUACCCAAAAAGUGGUUUGGGUUGAGGAAAAUGAUAAAAGAUCCUUCUUGCUUGAUCUUCUGAAUGCCACAGAUCUGGUUUUAUUCAAAGUCAUACCGGGCGAGGUUCAGGACAGUACUUGGGAAAACGGUGAGAAACCUGGUAAAGACUCUUUGACACUGGUGUUUGUGGAAACCAAGAAAGGUGCUGAUGCACUGGAGGACUUUCUGUACCGUGAGGGCUACGCCUGCACAAGUAUUCAUGGUGACCGUUCACAGAGAGACCGGGAAGAGGCUCUUCUUCAGUUCCGUUCUGGGAGAUGCCCAAUCCUGGUUGCCACUGCUGUAGCUGCACGGGGUCUAGACAUCUCCAAUGUGAAACAUGUCAUCAACUUCGACCUGCCCAGUGACAUUGAGGAGUAUGUUCAUCGCAUAGGUCGUACAGGCCGUGUUGGAAAUCUUGGUCUUGCAACCUCAUUCUUUAAUGACAAGAAUAGCAACAUUACAAAAGACCUCCUCGACAUCCUGGUGGAGGCCAAACAGGAAGUCCCAUCCUGGCUGGAAAGCCUGGCUUAUGAGCACCAGCACAAGGGUAGCAGCCGUGGCCGUUCAAAGAGGUUUUCUGGAGGGUUUGGAGCCAGGGAUUACCGGCAAACUAGCAGCAGCAGCACCACUAGCGGAGGAUUUGGGAGUCGGGGCACUCGUAGUGCUGGUGGCCAUGGUGGUAACCGUGCAUUUGGUGGCGCCAAGGGGGGAUUUGGAAAUUUCUACAACAGUGAUGGCUAUGGAGGAAACUACUCUCAGGUGGACUGGUGGGGAAACUAACUUCUUAAACCAACAUGCACCUUUCCACUCGCCAUGAACAGUGGGCCCCACACCGAACUCACUGAAUGGAAACCACAUGUAAUUAAGCCAGGCUAUAAACCCUGUGUAGCAUUCAAGAACUAUACAGUACCUUAACUCCUGUGAUUCUCUGACCACAUCCUGGAAUAAUGCAUUACCUGCUCUAGGAGAUAGGAGACCUUGGCCAUAGGAGGAACCUGUCUUAAAACUUGCUUUCUGUGCAAAGACAAAAAGGAAGAAAAAUGGAAACGUUACUUGUUUUUGGCUUUUUUUUUUUUCUCCACUACAUUACACUGUUUUCUUUGUAGUAAAAGAGAAUCAUUUGUUUGUCAAUGUACUGUGCCUAUAAAUUUGGAUAUUUUUCUUGUUGCUUUUUAAACAAGUGGCUGACAAUUGGCUGACAGACAAUUUGUUUAAUUUCUUUUUAGAAAUUGUGUUUUGAAGGCACGAAUUAAGAUUACACAAACCUUGGCAAACUACAGGAAGGUUUGACUCUGGAGUCAAAACCUUGUUCUGAACAUCAAAUUUAUGACAGGGUCACCAGGUUCAUUUCACAAAUGUACCUGCCCUUCCUUACAUUGGUUUUUACCCUUGCUUCACGAGGGAAGGAAGAUCUUAAUGAAAAUGUUAAUCUUGCUCACUCUAUCCUGGAGAGUUACCUCUAAGGGACGUGGUAGUCAUCUGAAAAGGAUGCGUCUUUUUUUACAAGCCAUUCCAAAGUAAUAUCAUUUACCAUGAAGUGAGCAGUUUGUACCUCCAUUCACGCCAGUGUUUGGAAGCACACCACUUGUUUGUUUCAGGCAGCUAGUUCAGUCACAGGCUAGCAUUUUGGAGGUGGGCAGCUUCUCCAUUUUGUUCCUUGGACUUUUAUGGAGUGGCAGUUUUAUACUUUUUAAUAAGUACUUUUUGAAAUUGGAAAACCAGUGGGAUAUUAGCUACUGCAUUAGUGAGAAGUUCAAGUUGAUAUUUUAGGACUGGUGCCAGAGUUGACGGGCCCAUUUCUGCAGCAAUUCGCAUGGCAAGUGUUAUUGUUUUUUUGGUCAAGGAGAUAGUCUGACAAAUUUCUGAAGCAGGUUUACCUUUUCAUAACACAGAAUAUUAUGGAGAUGUUCGUUUCCACUUUUUCCCCUAGUGGCACUGAAUUUCAGAUUGACAUCUGUGGUCUAAAGGCACUGCUUCCUGGCAAGACCGCUGAAGGAUGUAGAGGGAGGAAGGGUGAUUGGGAACAAUGUACACAGGAAGGGGAAUUGCACAGGGAGAAGCAAAAUCUAGUGGCAUUAAAGGUUUGGCUAAUACACUUUUUUUUUUUUUUUUUUUUUGUACUAGCUUUUUUUUCCUGGUGUCUUGGCCAAAGAAAUUAUAAUGCACUCUCUCUCCCUCAAGUUAAUUUGAGGACAUGUUUAAUAGUGUGGAGAUGCAAUCAGCUGUCACUCAUUGCAGCUGACAGUGAUUUCAGCUCCCUUUAAGUAGUGUGAAGAAGGGGAGGCAUGAUAUUACAUUUAACUGAAGUGCAAUACAUUUCCUCAAGCACAUGUGCCUUUUGACAUUAAAAAAAGUAGGUGAAAAAGGCAGAACUGAAGUGGUAGGUGCACUUGACCAGUAUCAUGGUAACUUGAGACAAAUGGUGCUAUUUAGGUUUAGACCCUUGUAUGUUAUGCCCAUUACAUUUAACACAAAGUUAAUUUUAUUGCACAUCAAGAGUUUUACAUGCGUCUUCAAUGUGUGUCCUUAAGCUUCCAAUAUUCUGUGUAAAGACUGUAAGAAUGCAACUUGUUUACAAAAUGGAGGGGUUCUCUAUUUAGGCAGGGUUAAUUUGGGACCAGGGAAUUGGCAAAGGGGUAUUUAACUACUUGCGCACAAAUUACUAGAUUCCACUUUUUUGCUGCUAGUUUGUGUAAUUUAUUAAGCAUUUUUUUAGAAAUAUUUAUUUUUAUAAACCUAAAAGUGAUUGUUUCAUGUUAACUUGACCAAAAGAAUAUACGAAAACACUGGUACUUGAAUGAUGAAUGCCACCUGUAUGCGUGAAACUUCUAUUUUUCGGGGUAGUGUGAGCUUUUUAAUGUUUACGGUAAUUUUGAAGUCAAAAUCCUCACUUGGAGACUUCUGGCCAAAUAUUCCUAUUAAAGAAAUUAAUUGGCAGUCAAAAUUUUUUAACACCAUGCCAAGGUUUGGACAACAUAAAAAUAGUUUUCUAACUGUAUGAGUGCAAAUUGUCCCAGGGUGUGUUUUGUUCGGGUUUUUUUUUUUCUUGUUUUCUAAAUGAGUAAUUUGAUUUUGCCCCCAAUAAGUCUGGCUAAUGGCAAUCUUAAGAAUAAACAUGUGGUCCUUCUAUUGCAUUUGUAAAAAUUUGGCAUUUUGGAAACAUUGUUCUCUGGUUUGGUGCUAAAUUCAGUUAUUCUUAAUUAUGGAGUAGUUUAAGUAAUGUGUAUUGGACAAGAAACUAGGAUUUUGAUCUACAAACACAUGACUAAGAACUUCAGUGGAUCCCUUAGAGUCAAAUUUGCUUUCUGUACUAGUUCAAAAGUUGUGCACUGUAUGGUCAUUGUUUGAUUUUAUUAAAUAAAAGUUAGAAAUGGCAAACCGCAA